GACACUUAUGGCCAGCGGUGAGCCCCUCAGCGCGCGCAAUCUGAAAAUGGCGGCAAGCGAAGCAGUUUUAUUUUCUUGGAAGACUCCGUUUUCUACUCCCAUAAGAAAGGACGAAAAUGCUUGUCGAGAUUUAUUUCAGAAUUCUGAAAAACUUCUGGCCUCAGCUGUGUCGAUUUGUCGACUAAAGGGCAGUGUAGAAUGCCAAACGGGCGGCUUGAUUACCGUGUGCGAGGAGCUGCAAAGCUUGAUUCGUUUGGCUUUCUCGGAAAUAAGACGUCUUGAGAAGGAUUUCAAUUCCCAAGGAAGUCACUUCGAAGAUGAAAUAACCUGCCUGAAGGAAUAUGUUAAAUAUCUUGAGGAGAGAAAGGGUCACCGUAAACACUAUAACAAGAAUGAUGACUGUAAAGAAGUUAGUGAAACCACUCAUAAUGAACACAGAGGAAAACUAAGCGAGUGUGAGGAAACUGAAAAAGAAGCAGACUACUCAAUGCUGGAGCCUGAUGAAAACUUAGAAGAAAGUGAUCCUUGUCUUUUUAACACUGGCAGUACGGAUGUCAAGGUAGAUUCUGUUGACGAUGAUGCAUCAUUACCUGUACCUACUAAAGAGCAGAAGAAAUCCAAAUCUCUACCAGAAAACAAAAGAUCCAAGAAAUGUUUGAGGAAACUCUCCUCAAAGAAAGGAACAAACUCGUCUGAGUCUGCGAGUGAAGUGGACGACCUGCAUCCAUCAGCUGAUUCAGGAGUCAGUGGCGACAAAGAAGGAUUAGAACAGAAAUUAACAAGAUCCACAGAAACAUCCUUGAGUAAUGACAAGAUGGAAAAAGAGAAAAUGGAAAGUGAAGAUAUAGCACGGACAGAUGCUGAAGUACCAGAAUCUGAUUCUGAUUUUAAGGGAAACUCAAAGGGAGGCAAAGAAGAAACAAAAGUCAAGAAGACAAGGAAGAAGAAAAGAGGUGUGUCAUUGAAAGAUUCUGACAGGAAUUCUCAAGAUCAAAUGCCUGAAGCUGAUGUCAAACAACCGGAAGAAAUUAAACAUACCAAGAAAGGAAAGAAGAAAAGAUCAUUGGAUAAAGGAGAAUUCAAGGAAGAUUUCCAGACAGAAAUCCCAGGUGAAGAAAUUAUCCAGUCAGACACUGGAAUAAAAACAAAAGGAAAGAAAAAGAUCGAUUCUCCAGUUCAGGAGAGGCCAGAAGUAAAACCAAACAAGAAACUGUCUCGCACCAAGGAAUCAAAGUCUAGUUCUGAAGACAUGCCAAACACAAUUGAGGAAGAGAUGGUUACUGGACAACCUGAGCCAAUGGAAACUUCUCAGAAACAACCAAGGGCCUCUACCGCUGGUGGGAUGUCAAGCAAAAAUGUGAAGUCCUCCAAGAAAGAGUUGACAACCACUGGAGAAAAUGAUGAACAACUGGGUGAUAUGAGCUUCCUCAUCAAUGUCAAUUCUCGGAUUGCACUGUUUGUGGCUGAUGCCUCACAAGAGGAAUGCGAACUACAACCCAUGACAGCCAGGGAACGAAAUGAUGUCUACAAGGUAACUCACCUGUAUAAACUCCGUGCAAGAAUAGGGACCAAGACUGAGAACAACCUGACGACUGUGCGUCUGUCCAAGCAAGCUGACACAAGAAUGCCAAAACCUGGUAGAGUUGAUAGCUUACUGAGUGAGCUGAGUAUUGCAGCAUCUAAAGUGGCAUUCAAAGAAAGCCCUAAGAACCAGGAAAAGAGAAAGUUCUCCGCUGUCACCGAGGGGGAUGAUCAAACUGUGGCUGAAGAUGGUCUUGAUCAAGCUGCCCCACCCAAAAAGAAACUCACCAAGCUCUCCAGGAGCAACAAGCCUUAAGUCUAUGGGGAUGGAGUGUACAGGAGCAAGCAACUCUUCACAAGGUACUUUUACUUGUAUAGUUUGCUGAAUAUUCAGGCCUUUGCAAAUGUUUGAUCCAUUAGGUGCUCAUCCAGAUAAGACAAUAUUGUGAGUUAAAAGAUCAGUGGAAAAAAUUUAGAAAAUCUGUUACACAUUUUAUAAAACUUCAUCAUUUGAUGAUUUUGCAUUACACAUAGACUCUAAUUUCUUGUUACUAGGAUUGAUUCUAGAAGCUUUAUAUAUCCAAGAUGCUUUAUCUAAAGUAAUCAGAUCAAAAAGAUCCUUUACACCCAGCUCCACAGAAUGCUACUCUUAGCCUGUACACAAAUAGCAGGGUCAAGUGGAUAGCAAACAUGAGCCUGUUACAUCUGAAUCCAAAACUUGUAAGGUAGUAUAAUUUGGCUCAAAGGAUUAAUUUCAAAAUCCACCACUUGAAAGAAGUGAAGAAACAAAUUAAUACAAUUUCACAGCAAUACAUUUUGAUAUUUUAACAUACAUUGUAGCAAUUAGUUUUUUUGUCAUUACUUUUAUAGAAAUUGUUUAAAAUCCUUGUUUUUAGUUCAAGGACAUUUAGCUCUAAUAAAAAUAUUCAUACAGAGUAGCCUCAAAGUUGUCUGUGAUAUUGCUUCAGGAGACAAGAAUAAUUU